AUGACUUUGCUUCGCUAUUCAACUGUUAAGUCGUCCUUUAGUUACAAGGAAAAGAACGAGACUGAUCUACAAGCGGAUGUGUUUGACACUAGCGAUGAAGAAGGCUCGGAAGAUGAUGCUCCAAUUUGGUUGCACGACGAGGCUUUAGAUGGUGAUGUCCAGUUGGACUCAGAUUACGAUGAUGAUGAGACAAAAUUGAAUGAUUUACUGGGAUCUGGUGCUUUUGGAAAAAACCUAGAAGGAGAUCAGGACGUAGACUCCAGCAACUCCGACAGUGACGAUGAGGUAACUGUUAACAACAGAAUGAAAAGAUUGCAGGAUUUCGUUCAACAAAGCAAAGUUUACUCUGGUAUUAUUGCUGACACAUUAUUACAGCGUACCAAAGAAAGACAAGAGGAGCUAAGAGAUGUAGCUAAGGAUAGCUCCAUAGAAGAACCACCAGCUAAGAAGCCAAGACGAAAUAUUACAGAUUUCUUUAAAAAGGCUCACAACAAUAGCGAGAAAAAUGCAGAAGAACCCCACUCCGAGUCAGCACUAUCACAGCCAUCUUUGUUGAAAAAUUGCACUUUGAAACAUUACCAAGUUGAAGGGUUAAAUUGGUUGAUCACCUUAUAUGAAAAUGGCUUGAAUGGAAUUCUCGCAGAUGAAAUGGGAUUGGGAAAAACGAUCCAGAGCAUAGCUUUAUUGGCAUUUAUCUAUGAAAUGGAUACGCGUGGCCCGUUUUUGAUCACAGCGCCUUUAAGUACAGUUGACAAUUGGAUUAAUGAGUUUUCUAAGUUCGCACCUGACCUUCCCUGCUUGAAAUACUAUAGCCCUGAAGGGCAAGCCAAACGUCGGACUCUACUAUCGAAGUUUUUCCGUCAAACAAAGAAUGAGGGAAUCAUUAUAACCUCAUAUGAGGUUGUAAUGAAGGAUAUUGAUAUUAUUCUUUCUCACCAUUGGGAGUUUCUAAUCGUUGAUGAAGGCCAUCGAUUAAAAAACAUUAAUUGUAGGUUGAUACGUGAGUUGAAACGCAUUAGAACAUCAAAUAGACUACUAUUGACAGGAACUCCUCUGCAGAAUAACCUAGCCGAAUUGUGGUCCCUACUCAACUUCAUCCUGCCGGAUAUUUUCUCUGAUUUUGAGAUGUUCAGUAAAUGGUUUGAUUUCAGCGACCUGAAUUUAACAUCCAGCUCUAAAAAGUGGAAUAAAAUUAUCAAUGAUGAAUGGGAAAAGAAUCUAAUUACCAACCUUCAUACCAUUUUGAAGCCAUUUUUACUGCGAAGAUUAAAGAAAACAGUGCUUGCCGGCAUUCUCCCUCCAAAAAGGGAAUAUAUUGUUAAUUGUCCGCUGACACCUACGCAGAUCAAGUUCUACAAGGCUGCACUAAACGGUAGGUUGAAACAAACGAUUUUUAAACAGGCUAUAAAGGACUUUUUCACCCUUAACCGACAGCAUAUCGGUACCGUAUCAAACAGAAGCAUACGCGACUUUAUCACUUACAAACUGCAAGAUGAACAAUUUGAUUUAACCGAGGUCAUCUCAAAAAUGGAAGCACUGUAUCAGAAACAUAUUCACAAGGAGCUUCUAAACAAAAAGAUGCUAAAUUUGAUGAUUCAGUUACGUCAGAUUGUUGAUUCUACGCUACUGUUUUUCUUCCCAUACUUAAAUCACGAGGACUUGAACUUAGAUAUGCUACUGAAAUCUUCAGGAAAACUCCAGAUACUGCAACAGCUAGCACCUAAGCUUUUAUCAGAGGAUCAUAAACUACUUAUUUUUUCGCAAUUCUUGGGAAUGCUAGAUCUCGUAGAGGACUGGUGUGAGCUAAACGGAUACAGCUGUUGCAGGAUUGAUGGAUCUAUGAAAAAUGAGAACAGAAAGGAGCAGAUAAAGCAAUUCAACAAAAAGGACUCAGAGUAUCAAGUGUUUCUACUUUCUACAAGAGCAGGUGGACUCGGCAUUAAUUUAACCGCCGCUGACUCUGUAAUCCUUCUCGACAACGACUGGAACCCGCAGGUUGAUCUACAAGCAAUGGAUCGUGCUCAUAGAAUCGGCCAGGAUAAACCUACUAUAGUCUACAGACUAUGCUGUGAUAAUACCGUGGAGAAUAUCAUGCUUACGCGAGCGGCCAAUAAGCGCAAAUUAGAAAAACUAGUGAUUCAGAUGGGUAAAUUCAAUACUCUGAAAAAACUUGCUUUGAAUGAAAACACUUUCAUUAACAAAGGGAGUCAGCAUUCCUCUUCUACAAGUAAUAGAGAACUCGUCCAAGAACUUUCUCAGCUACUCCUCAGCGGUGAAUCGACAUUCGGGUUUGAAGGAGCUGGUGAACUCACUGAAGAAGAGCUCAAUAUACUAACAGACAGGUCGAAAAACGCCUACAGGUCAACACAUAAGCACUAUCCUCACAUCAGAAUCUUCGAGGCUUCUACGUGCUUUGACGAGUGA